AUGGAAGCUCAACGACUCUUACUAACUGACGAACACUUCAAACUGAAACUGGACAAAGACCUACAGGAGUACUUUAAAACCACUGACACCCUAGACAGCACAGCACUGACACAAUGGCUGGCCCACAAGUCAGUAAUCAUUAGCCGAGUGGCACACAUCAAAAAAGCAUCAGAAACCAAGCUCUUGACACUACUGAGACAAUUACGAGACGCUACCACCCAACAAUUCCUAUCUCCAUUGCCAGCCCUGCAGUCUGUCAUUGACCAGACACAAACACUGAUUAACGAAUGGCACCUCAACAAAACCACUUACAUGAUGCAGAAACUCAAGACAUGA